AUGGCCCACUUCCACAUAUCGCGAAAGACGCGUCUACGGGCCGUCAUUGCGAUAUCAGUCACCUUCUUCGUCGCCGAAAUAUCAACCGGCUUCUAUACCAAAUCUCUUGCCCUGGUAGCUGAUGCGUUCCACUACCUGACCGACCUGAUCGGCUUCAUAGUCGCCCUCGUUGCAGUCCACAUGCAGGAACGUAAGGAUGCACCAGUCGCACUCUCUUUCGGUUGGGCCCGCGCCUCACUCCUUGGCGCCUUCUUCAACGGUGUCUUCCUACUUGCGCUUGGCCUCUCCAUCUUCCUCCAGUCUAUCGAACGCUUCGUCGAUAUCAAGCAGGUCGAGAACCCUGAGAUUGUCUUGAUCGUCGGAUGUAUCGGCCUUGCACUGAACCUAAUCAGUGGAAUAUUCCUACACGAACACGACCAUGGGGACGGUCACGGACAUGGAGACGGCCAUGGACAUGAGUCCAGCCACGCCCACGAUGAGGAAGCUAUCCGUGUCGAUGAGCUGUCCGGUCUCAAUCAUUCAGAGCACAACCACCAUAACAUCCUCACCUCCAAACCGCAUCGUGACCUCGGCAUGCUCGGCGCUCUAAUUCACGUCCUCGGCGACGCCUUCAACAACAUCGGCGUGAUCAUCUCCGCCCUCGUCAUCUGGCUCACGCAUUCGUCCAAGCGCUUCUAUAUCGACCCUGCUAUAAGUCUCUACAUCGCCCUUAUGAUAUUGGGAACCGCCAUCCCGCUUACCCGCCGAUCUGGCACCAUCCUACUCGAAUCUGCACCCGACGGCGUCGUACUAGAGCACGUGAAAAAGGAUCUCGAGAGCAUCCCGGGCGUGCUGGGUGUGCAUGAGCUGCAUGUGUGGCGAUUGAACCAGACGAAGAGCUUGGCGAGUGCUCAUAUUGUAGUGCGGGACACUGAGGUGCGAGAGUUUAUAGGGCGGGCGAAGAUAAUCAGCGAGUGUCUGCACGCCUAUGGAAUCCAUAGUGCCACGCUGCAGCCGGAAUUAGCUGAUGGGAGUGAGGUCGGAGCAGAAGGAGAGAUACAGGAAACUGAGGAAGUAGGAAAGUGUAAGCUUACGUGUGGGACUUUGUGUGAGCCGCUUAAGUGCUGUAAUUAG